AUGGCAUCUGAUCCGUCAAAUGCCGCCCGCGUGGCCGGCCUCGUCUCCGAGAGCGUCUCCAACGCCCUCAGCAGCUCAGCACCCUCUGCCGUGAGCGCUAUGCCCGCCGCAGCCGCCCAUGAGUCCUACAGUUGGCUAGGCCUCUUUGGAUGGCUGAUCUGGUCCAUUUUCCACAUCGUCUCGACCAUCCUCUACUGGGUGAUCCGGAUCGCAACGAUUAAUUUUCCUUCCUUCCUGUACCACUUGUUCUCUACAAGCUGGACAGUCACCAUGAACGCGACUACGCUCAUGUUCAUCAUGGCGGGCCUCGUCUCGGCGGUGAGCUGGGUCGUCAGGUAUCGCAUCCUCAACAUGUACUCGCGUCUGCCUCCCGAGCCGCAACGCAAGGAGCCAGAGAUCGACCUAUUUCCGGAUACCCACGAAGGUGGCACCAAGUCGGGUCUAGCCAAUUACUUGGACGAGUUCUUGAGUGCCAUCAAAAUCUUUGGUUACCUUGAGCGACCAGUCUUCCACGAGUUGACUAGGAGCAUGCAAACGAGGAAACUCAUUGCCGGCGAAACCAUCAACCUGGAAGAGGAGAAGGGCUUCUGCAUCGUAGUCGACGGUCUGGUUGAGAUUUUUGUCAAGUCGGGUCGAAGUCCUCGUGCAGCUGCCGCGUCUAGAGGACGUCUUGACCUAGACUCUUCCGAUGAAGAUGAUGUCCCUCCUGGUCAGCAGACCUACCAACUUUUGACAGAAGUUCGCAAUGGCGCCCCAAUGUCAUCGCUCUUCUCUAUCAUGUCUCUGUUCACGGAGGAUGUUCGACUACGUCCAAACGAUGACGACGACGAUGUGCAUCCUGCAAAGAGCAGUGGGCUGAGACACCCAAGCUUCUCGAAAGAGAACGUGUCUCGUGUCCCAUCAGAUGCGCACAUCUCCAUGCCGAGCUCCCCUCAGGAUGAUGACAUGGACCCCGAGGCAAAGAAGCAUAGUGGGCGCGGUACUCCCAACCUGGAUAAUAUUGCCAACGCCAGAAUCCCGCCCAUGUCUCUGGACGGAUCUACUCCUCCUCCUGGAAGACCACCUAUGCCCACAAGGGCGACCUCGAGCUCAGCCCACCCAGACAUCAUCGCUCGUGCUACCGUUGACACAACCAUCGCGAUCAUUCCUGCAAGCGCUUUUCGGAGACUUAUCAAGAUCUACCCGAAGGCCACUUCACACAUUGUCCAUGUCAUUCUCUCGAGAUUCCAGAGAGUCACUCUCUCCCAAGCCUUCAACUACCUGGGUCUCACCAGUGAGGUGUUGCAGACGGAGAAGAGCAUGAUCAAGUACACAAUGUGUCAGCUCCCCAACAUCUUGCGGGGUGAUGCUUUGGAACGGUUGAAGGAAAAAUUCAAUCGCGAACGGGAACGCACAGGAGAGGGAGAGGAGACCAAGGGCAUCGCUCUACACAAUUCUGCUGCAACUCGCCGACGAAGGUCUAGCACGACCCUUCGAAAGGAGGCUGUACUGCAGUCGAUGACGAAGCAAAGACCGGCUUCGGUUAUUGCCAGCAACAUUGCACCGCUUCGUGAACGGGCUUCACCACAUACCCCGAGCCCUGGUGACCUCUUGGCGAAUAUUCAACUCGCGCGUGGUGGUGGUCGCUUCCCUCCUGAUCAGCGAUCAGUUUCGGGAGCGUCGUUGAGACGGCAAGGAACCAACCCCUUGGAUGACCGAUUCUUCAAUGACCCGUUCGAUUCGAGAAGACAUGCUCGCAUGACUAUUGAUCCGCGAGAGUCGGUUGAUGAAGACAAUCUCUUCCGAGCUUCUAUCUUGGAGUGCAUGUUCAAGUCGCUUGGCUUGGACUCAAACGCAAGUGCAUCUCGGGAACCGGAAUCAAUGGAGGGUUCUCCCAGGCUUGUCUCACUGGACCAACGCCGAUCAAAGAACCUGUACUCUCACAACAAUGCCUUUGGAUUCAUGGGCCCUUAUGAUGGUUCUGCGGACGGGGAAACCGAGUCGGUGACAUCGAGUGGUAUGGCUCUUCAUGCGCCAGUCAACGCUCAAGUGCUGGCUCACGACAUGAGAGAUGAGGUUGAGAUUGUCUUCUUCCCCAAGGGCUCUGUUCUCGUGGAGCAAGGGGAGAGAAAUCCGGGCCUUUACUAUGUUGUUGAUGGCUUCUUGGACAUUGGCACAACGAGUGACGACGAUCCGCAUAACAUUUUGCAGUCCAACGGAAUCGGUUCACUCCAGCCGGACCCUUCCUCGCCAGAUCCAUCUGAGAUGGGAUCAUUCCCUAAUCUGGCAAGAACGGAGGCUGCACGAGACCGGGUUGAAAGCCAGAGUCAAACUCCAGCAAAGCACCGUCGAAGCGUUGCUCUCGUCAAGCCCGGUGGUCUGGCUGGCUACAUUGGAAGCGUGUCCUCAUACAGGUCAUUCAUUGAUGUCGUUGCGAAGACGGAUGUGUAUGUUGGGUUCCUUCCCCGUGCUUCCCUGGAGCGAAUCGUGGACCGAUAUCCAAUCGUUCUUCUGACGAUGGCCAAGAGACUGACAAACAUUUUGCCGCGUCUCAUCCUGCAUAUCGACUUUGCUCUGGAAUGGGUUCAAGUCAAUGCGGGACAAGUCCUCUUCCACGAAGGAGACGAAAGUGAAGCCAUUUACAUCGUCCUCAAUGGCCGCCUUCGUCUUGUGCAAGACCGAAAGGGCGGCGGAGUGACUGCACGGGCUGAGUUUGGACAGGGAGAUAGUGUUGGCGAGCUUGAGGUGCUCACGGAAACUGCUCGUCCUGGGACUCUGCACGCCAUCCGAGACACGGAGCUGGUGAAAUUCCCCCGAACCCUGUUCAACAGCCUGGCGCAGGAGCAUCCAAACAUCACCAUCAAGAUCUCCAAGAUCAUUGCGUCCCGGAUGAGGGCAGUGAUGAACGACACAGCCAAGUUCUCCAACAAGGACACGGGUGCUGGGCCGAACACGUUGAUGCGCAAGUCAACGAUGAACCUUCGGACAGUUGCCAUUUUGCCCGUGACAGCAGGCGUGCCAGUUGUCGAGUUCGGAAAUCGCCUGAUGAAUGCCCUCGCACAGGUUGGUCCUGCAAAUGGAGCCACAUCUCUAAACCAUGCCGCUAUUCUCAACCACCUGGGCAAGCAUGCCUUCAACAAGAUGGGCAAGCUGAAACUAUCCCAGUAUCUUGCAGACCUGGAAGAGAAGUACGGUCUGGUUGUCUAUGUCGCAGAUACCAAUGUUAACUCGCCAUGGACGCAAACCUGCAUCACCCAAGCCGACAGCAUCCUACUUGUGGGGCUUGCCGAAGGCUCCCCAGCCAUUGGCGAGUAUGAGCGUUUCAUGCUUGGAAUGAAGUCUACGGCCCGAAAAUUGCUAGUAUUGCUGCAUGCUGAGCGAUACUCGCGCCCUGGCCUGACCAGAUCGUGGCUUCAAAACCGCAUGUGGAUCAAUGGUGGUCAUUACCACAUCCAGAUGGCCUUUAGGACAAAUGAGAUGCCUGUGCAUCCUCCCUCCAAGAGGUUGGGCCAGGCACUCAAGGAACGUGUCCAGGUGUUGCAGGCGGAAAUUCAAAAGUACACAUCUAGAAAGGUGCAUCACACGCCAUACUACUCCCCGGACACGACCUUCAAGGGCGACUUUCAUCGAUUGGCUCGGCGACUCUGCGGCAAGUCUAUUGGACUUGUGCUUGGCGGAGGCGGCGCACGAGGAAUCACACAGAUUGGCAUCAUCAGAGCCAUGGAAGAAGCCGGUAUCCCUAUCGACUUGGUUGGUGGUACUUCAAUCGGCGCCUUUGUCGGAGCAUUGUACGCACGGCAUGCAGACGUGGUGCCCAUGUUUGGUUUUGCCAAGAAGUUUGCUGGGCGCAUGGCUAGUCUCUGGCGGUUUGCUUUGGAUCUUACCUAUCCAUCGGCAUCUUACACGACAGGGCACGAGUUCAACCGUGGCAUCUUCAAGGCAUUUGGCGACACGCAGAUUGAAGACUUUUGGCUUGAAUAUUAUUGCAACACGACCAACAUCAGCAAGAGCAGGGCCGAGUUCCACACAAGCGGAUACGCAUGGAGGUACAUCCGGGCGUCCAUGUCUCUGGCGGGCUUGCUUCCCCCGUUGUGUGACGAAGGCAGUAUGCUACUCGAUGGUGGCUAUGUUGACAACCUGACUGUUUCACACAUGAAGGGUCUGGGAGUGGACAUUAUCUUUGCUAUCGACGUUGGAGCACUGGAUGAUGACACACCCCAGACGUAUGGAGACUCCCUCUCUGGAGCAUGGGCAUUCGUCAACCGAUGGAAUCCAUUCUCGUCACAUCCCAACCCUCCAACCUUGGCAGAGAUCCAGGCGCGGCUGGCGUAUGUCUCAAGCGUGGAUGCCCUGGAGCGAGCCAAGGCGAUGGCAGGAUGCAUCUACAUGCGACCUCCGAUCGAUGACUACGGGACCCUUGAUUUCCACAAGUUUGACGAACUGUCUUCACUGGGAUACAAGUAUGGACAAGAGUUUUUGCAGAAGAUGAGGGAUCAAGGAGUUUUGCCAUUGGUAGAAGAAACGGAAGCCAAGAAGGCAUUGAGACGGACUAUGGCGCCUAGACGAGCGAGUAUUUGA